AUGGCUCACAAUUACACCAUUGUCAUCAUAGGCGCGGGGGUUCUCGGCUUGUCUGCCGCCCUGAAGCUACAGGCAAAGCUGGCCGCGGAAGCCACAGCAUCGCAUGGCAAACCGCCCUCGCAGCCGCAGAUCCUGCUCGUCGCUCGAGAAUGGCCGUCCGCCAUUCCCGGCUCCCCGGUCAAUCACUCCCCGGACUACGCGUCCAUGUGGGCCGGCGCCCAUGUCCGCCCCAUCCCGGCCGCCACGCCCCAGCUGCAGCGGGAAGCAGCCUGGCUCAAGGAGACAGUUGCCGAGCUGGGCCGCCUGGCCGCCGCGGACCCGGGAUGCGGCCUAACUCGCGCCAAGGGGGUGGAGUAUCUCGAAGCCCCCGACGAGAGCUACCGGACACUGAACGCGGCCGCCUUUGCGGACGAGACGGGACUCCCGGGAUACCGCAGGUACGAGGCGUCCGAGCUGCCCGACGGCGUGGCGCUGGGGUACGAGUACGACACGUUUUGCGUAAACCCGCCCAUGUACUGCGACGCCCUGCUGCGCAAGUUCCUGCUCCGGGGGGGCAGGACGCUGAGACGGGAGCUCAGGAACGAGUGCGAGGCCAUGACCCUGGCUGACGACGUGAGACUCGUCGUCAACGCAAGCGGGGCUGGGUUCGGGGACCCCAAGUGCUUUCCCACGAGAGGACAAACCGUGGUCACAAACCUCAAGGUGGACAAGACAGUCACGAGACAGUACAGAGAUGGAACGUGGAGCUUUCUGAUUCCUAGGUUCUUUGAUGGCGGAACCGUCGUCGGCGGCACCAAAGAACCAGGGGACUGGCGAUCAACACCAUGUGAAUCCACGAGGAAGACGCUACUGGAAAACGGGCUACGUCUGGGAUUUCCCCAAGGUGGCUCCUCCUCCUCGUCAUCGUCGUCGGGUCGGUCGACCAGCCUUGGCAACGUCACCGUCAUAGCAGACAUCGUGGGGCGACGGCCCACUCGCCAAGGUGGUAUGAGAUUGGAAGUCGAGCACCGGCCCGUGGCCUCGUGUACCAAGGGGCCUGCAACGCUGCCCGUCAUACAUGCUUACGGCGCCGGGGGUCGCGGCUACGAGAUCAGCUGGGGUGUCGCAAAUCAGGUUGUGGAGCUUGCCAUGCCGUUGGUACAAGGGCUGUCUCGGGAACAAGCUGCAAGGCUGUGA